AUGGGUAUGAGCUACCGUCGCUAUCUGAACGGCGCCCGCAUCUACGGGUGUUCGAAUUGCAAGACCCAUCUUGCCACUAUCCACUCAAUGAUUUCUCGAGCAUUCAACGGCCAGCAUGGCCGAGCGUACCUCUUCGACGGCGUCGUGAACGUGAUCGAAGGCGAGCCUAACGACAGGGUAAUGACGACAGGCAACCACACUGUCAGAGAUAUCUACUGCUGCAAAUGCGGGCAAACAUUAGGCUGGAAAUACGACCGAGCUUACGAGUCAUCGCAGAGAUACAAGGAGGGCAAGUUCAUCCUGGAGCGCAACCUCCUUGUUGACGUGCAAUGA